GUAGUCUGCAAACGGUGCUUUUCGCGGAAUAUCAAAGUACCUAUAAUUUCAAUUUUCUAUAUGGCGCGACUCACUAUUGCCUGCUUGGAUUGACGUGCCCGAGCUUGGACUCCGUGAUAAACUAUUUCUGGUUGCUUUAGUUGCGAAAACUCUCAAUACGGAGGGUCAGGUUGUGGUGCCACUUGCGUCUGAACCCACAUCUUCAUCUUCACCACCAGGGCAGGUCAUAAAUUGCUCAUCAUCACAACAGAGUGCAGGUUCUUUGGCAGUGGUUGCUCUGGUGCAGAUCAUGGCAGCCCAUGUAGUAGCAGUUGUCUUUUGUGCUUACAUUAUCUACGUAGCAGGACCAGGGUCAAGCUUGUUCUCCUGGCAUCCUACACUCAUGGUGCUGGCGUACAUGGCAGCCAUGUUUGAAGCAGUGCUGGUGUUCUCACCUAAAAGCUCUCUGGUGCCACAGAUGUCACAUCAUGUCAAAGUGACACUUCAUUGGUCAUUGGCAGUCAUGUCAGCAUUACUGGCUGUAGCUGGCUUUGCGGUCAUCUUUCAGGUCAAAGAGAACAACAAUAAGGAGCAUUUCACUAGCUGGCAUGGCUUGCUGGGGGUGGUCACUGUUGGCUACAGCUGCAUGCAGUUACUGGGCGGAUCUGCAGUCAAGUAUUACCAUCUGUCUUCGCGUGUCAUAAAAAUGCGGCUUGUGGACCUAAAAAUGACACAUGCUGUGUCAGGGGUUGCAGCUUUUGUGUUAGUGACAGCCACCUUGAUGUCAGCCCUAUACUCCAACUGGGUGGCACAACGGGUGCAGGGUAUUGCUUGGAUGGCCUGUGCUUUAGCAGUUUCCUGGGUGGGGUUGGUUGUAGCCAAUCAGGUAGUUGAGGCAUAUGCAGCACGACUACGACCUCGUGGAGCAGGCAAGUAGAGGAAGAAACCAUUAUACAAGUGUGAUGGAGCAGGCAAUUAGAGGAAGAAUCCACUAUACAUGUGAUAGACAAGCUGUAGAUUUUAGGUGUAAACAGAGACAAACAGACUACAUAUGUGUGUACAGGGAAACAGGAAGUUUGACUGUGUGAUGUAUGCACUGUACCUGAAGACAAGAUUUAUGAGUGUGAAGCCUCCAUUGUACCUGAAGACAAAAUUAAAAUCCAAGUCAGAGAUUUUGUAGGAUAGCCAGUCAUGGUCAU